GAGAGAGAGAGGUGUCGCUUCUUCUUCUUGGUCUCAAAUAGCCUCCAUGUAGCUUCAAACUCGUCGGUGUCGAAAAGCUGCCCGGGGGAUUAUGAGUGAACACACCUGGGUGCGGCACACUUUAGAGGAAAAAGCUCUCGCGUUGUUGUCGGAGGUCUUUUUUGUAUUUCCUUGCUGAAUCUUGUGGACAUUUUGUUUUUGUUUUUUGUUUUUUUUUAAAUGCUCUGUGUGCUAAAAAAAAAAGUCUUACAACAUCCAGGAUCGUUUUUCCACCCUUCGUCUUCCCCUUUUUAAUUUUAUUUUUUUAAGUGAACACCUGGAACAUGCUUUUAUUGUGAAAUCAACUGCGGGACGGAAACGUUGGAACAACUUGAGGAGAGCUCGCGCAGUAGAAUGUUCAGGGCCAGCCGUUAUAAGAGGGGCACGUUAGCUCGAUGCUAACAUUAGCACAAAAAUACCCCCAUUGAACUACGCUUUUUAAAACCCCCGGAGGAAAGCUAAUGCCCUCUCUUUUGCACAUAUUUUGGAUAAGUACACCCUGACAACAACCUGGACGCCUGAAAGCGACACACUGACUCGACAUUAAUCAAAGAUAAGCAGCUUGUUGCUGUUGGAUCUAUCCUCUGCCAUCCAUUGGGAUCCAGGCGCUUGAGUCCUAAAUGACAAGUGCCUGAGGAUGUCCAAGCGGAGCUUUUUUGUUCGUCUGGUGCCGUGCCGCUGCUUGCGGGGUGAGGAGGAGGCAGUGACAUCGCUGGACUACUCCCACUGCAGCCUGGAGACUGUUCCUAAGGAGAUCUUUAGCUUCGAGAAGACCCUGCAGGAACUCUACCUCGAUGCCAACCAGAUCGAGGAGCUGCCUAAACAACUGUUUAACUGCCAGCUACUCCACCGGCUGAGCAUGCCAGAUAACGAUCUAACGGUGUUGCCGGCAGCGAUCGCAAACCUCAUCAACCUCAGGGAGCUUGACGUCAGCAAAAAUAGUAUCCAGGAGUUUCCAGAAAACAUAAAGAAUUGCAAAGUCCUAGCUGUUGUAGAAGCAAGCGUGAAUCCCAUUUCUAAGCUCCCAGAAGGCUUCACCCAGCUCCUGAGUCUGACGCAGCUCUACCUGAACGAUGCCUUCCUCGAGUUCUUACCGGCCAGCUUUGGCAGGUUGACGAAACUACAGAUCUUGGAGCUGAGGGAGAACCAGUUAAAGAUGUUGCCAAAGAGCAUGCAUAAGCUCACACAGCUGGAGAGGCUGGACCUGGGGAGUAAUGAGUUCACUGAAGUGCCUGAGGUGUUGGAGCAGCUGACCGGAAUCAAGGAGCUGUGGAUAGACGGCAACAGACUGACGUUUUUACCUGGGAUGCUGGGGACGCUCAAACAGCUGGUGUACCUGGAUGUUUCUAAGAACAACCUGGAGAUGGUGGAUGAGCAGAUCUGCGGCUGUGAGAAUCUGCAGGACCUCCUGCUGUCCAACAACGGCCUCACACAGCUGCCGGGCUCCAUCGGCUCUCUGAAGAAGCUGACCGCGCUGAAGGUGGAUGAGAACCAGCUGAUGUACUUGCCCGACUCCAUCGGCGGGCUGGCGUCCCUGGAUGAGCUGGACUGCAGCUUCAACGAGAUCGAGGCCUUGCCCUCCACCAUCGGUCAGUGUGUCAGCAUCCGCACGUUUGCUGCAGAUCACAACUUCCUCGCCCAGCUCCCUCCUGAGAUGGGAAACUGGAAGAAUGCAACCGUGCUCUUCCUGCAUUCCAACAAGCUGGAGACUUUGCCCGAGGAGAUGGGCGACAUGCAGAAGCUGAAGGUCAUAAAUCUGAGCAACAACAAGUUGAAGAAUCUCCCGUACAGCUUCACUAAACUGAACCAGAUGACUGCGAUGUGGCUGUCUGAAAAUCAGUCGAAGCCCCUGAUCCCGCUCCAGAAAGAGGAGGAUCCAGAGACGCACAAAACCGUGCUGACUAACUACAUGUUCCCCCAGCAAACCAGGACCGAGGACUACAUCCCCAACUCCGACUCUGAGAGCUUCAACCCGGCUCUGUGGGAGGAGCAGCGCAAACACAGAGCUCAGGUGGCCUUUGAGUGUGACGAGGACAAGGACGAGAGGGAAACACCCCCGAGGGAGGGGAACCUGAAGCGCUAUCCUACACCAUACCCGGACGAGCUGAAGAACAUGGUGAAGACGGCCCAGUCUGUAGCUCACAGGCUGAAGGAGGAUGAGUCCGGCGAUGAGUCGGGGAAAGACGCCAGACCGGUCGAGAGGAACCACAUCGGAGUGCAAGACGUGGGAGUAAAGGUGAUAGAGGCACCGUGUCCCAACGGCACGGCAUCAGAAAUGGACGCACAACUAUCCACAAACACAAACGUCCCAAAAUCAUCAACACUGGAUUCAAGAGACACAUCAGAGUCUUACAGCUCCCAGCGAGCCCCGCUCAAAUCUUCAGAGGGCUCCAUGAUGAACCAUGAAGACACACUCGAGGAUUCUGAGGAGCUGUCUGAUGAAGAGGAGGAGAUGAAAAUGGGAGAGAUGAGACCCCCUCUCAUCGAGAUCUCCAUCAACCAGCCUAAAAUAGUGACUUUAAGUAAGGACAAAAAAGAUGAUGCGGACUCUCUGCUGGAUGAGACAGUGGCCAACAGCAACCAGAACAACAGCAACUGUUCAUCACCAUCACGCAUGUCUGACUCAGUGUCGCUGACCACAGACAGCAGUCAGGACAACUCUCUGUGCACACCCGAGAGAGAGGCUAAGAUGCCCUUCCUGCCAAAAACACGUCAAGAAGAUGAGAAUAUGAACCAGCCGCCUAAAGACACCACCCCUCUCCUGCACAACGGCAACGGCUCUGAAACGUCCCUUCAGGCCCUUUUAAAAACCCAGCAGACGCCGCCAGAAAAAAUGGGCGACUACGACCUCUCGAUGGAAGCCAGACUGGCGUUCAUCGAGAAGGGAAUCAACAAUGGCAUGGGAGAAACCUACAGCAAGUGGGACCAGAUCAACAUGAACGUGUCCAAGCUGCCAACAGACAACAUGGUGCAGCUGGACGCGGCGGACAAAACCAAGAACGGCGCGCUGACAAAAGAGGACUUUGAGAGUAAGCGGGGUUUCAGCAAUGAGCAUUUUCUGAAUGGAAACCAGCAGGUGAGCGACUGCAUCAACAGCCAAGGGAUGCGAGUGGAGACGUCUGCCGGGCAUGUGGCCUCGACAGGCAUGACAGCCAGCAGUGACAUGUCUCUAUCUCGCAGCACAGAGGAGCUGUCUCCAGAGAAAAGAUGCUUUCCCCCGCAGGUGAUGAAGUCUCACAGCGUUAGCAACAUAGAAUCGGGAGGGUUAAAGAUCUACUCCUUUGACGGGGAGGGUGACUCCUAUGACGCGGCAGGGAGGAUGGCAGGAGUCGGGCCGGGACCGGGAGCGCAGGGCCAAAGCAUCGUCAGGAGCAAGUCAGCGAGUCAGUUGCUAAACGACCAGUCUCUGCAGAUCUACCCCGGCUCCUCUGCGUCCUCCUCAGACCUGCUUUCGUCCUCUAUGCCCCCUGCCAGCACCAGCAGAUACCCGGUGUCCUCCAGCAUGGCUAUGGGCAUCCCUCCCCCGCAGUACAACAUCCAGUACACAAGCAGUGCCGCGCCUAAAGACGGCCUCUGGGCUCAGAGGACGGCCAUGCCCCCUGAGCACCAAGGCUACCACCCUCCUCCUCCUCCACCUCACUCUCUAGCCAACACCAACUACUCAAACCGCAAUCAGGCACCUCCAUACCCUCUGCCGCCCCAGCAGAGGGGGCCUCCAAUGGGUCCCAAACCGCCUGGUGACAUGUGGGCUAUGGAGAGGCUUCAUUCUAGCGGAGGACAGGUCAGAAGCAGCACGCUGCAGAGGCAAAGCAGCACCGCCUCCACGGCUUCUAUGGGCGACCCGAGGCGCAUGCAGUUGCCCGAAGGGGAAUACAUGACGUACAGGGACAUUCACACCCUCGCCAGGGGGCCGCUAGCAAUGAGCACGGCCAUGCAGAGGCCGCUCUCGGCCCGCACCUACAGCAUCGACGUACCCGGAGCUUCCAGGCCCGUGAGUGCCAGGCCACAGCCCCACGAGCUUCCGGAGAGGACCAUGUCCGUCAGCGACUUCAACUACCAGCAGGGCAGCCCCAGCAAGAGGCCCAACGCCAGGGUGAAGUCCGAGCACUCGCUGCUGGACGGGCCGGGGGGAGCGGGAGCAGGACGGGUGCCGGCAGACUGGAGAGACCAGGUGAUGCGGCACAUUGAGGCCAAGAAAAUGGAGAAGAACGCGCUGUCUCGUUCCUAUAAUUCCAAUAACUCUCCGCUGAGCUGGUCUCACCACGGCAGCUGUAGGGAAAUGCAUGCCAGCCAAGGCUCUCUCUUGUUUAGUACCAGGGACGGACAGCCCUACGGAGCUCUGGGCUUCUGUGAUGAUGUGUUUGUUCCCCAAGGGCAGCAGAGUUACACCAUGGACCCCCACAGAAAAGUGCCUUUGAUGAAUGGUCAGAUGGGCCCCUCCGCUCGUCCUCAGAUGAGCCAGGCUACCAUGGCUCGCCACCCUUCCAGAGAGCAGCUCAUUGAUUAUCUGAUGCUCAAAGUUUCCCAUCAGCCCCAGGGGCCUCCUCGCGUCCAGCAUGACACAAUGCAGCAAGAGAUCCGUGUGAAAUUGGAGAAGAAUCCAGAGCUGGGUUUCAGUAUAUCAGGAGGAGUGGGAGGCCGGGGAAACCCCUUUCGUCCAGACGACUAUGGUAUUUUUGUGACAAGGGUUCAACCUGAGGGACCUGCAUCAAAGAUUCUUCAACCUGGAGAUAAAAUCCUUCAGGCGAAUGGAUACAGCUUUGUGAAUAUCGAUCACGGGAACGCGGUGUCCCUCCUGAAGACGUUUGCGAACACUGUGGAUUUGACUAUCAUGAGAGAAAUGCAAGCGUAGACUUGAAACUGACUUCUGAAGUCGAGGGGGCGGGGACAACGAGAAGAGAGAUGAUGUUGACUCUCAUAUUUUUUAUACACAGAGGAGACUGGUCUGUCGAUUACCUGUAAGGACUAUUUAUAGGAGGGAUCUUUAUAGCCUUGAUUGAACGGGGAAAACCACUGAAUGUAGUGGGAUCGAAGCGAGACGGCGACGGCGGCAAAACCUCUGCAAGUACGAGUCCUCAAAAGGCCAUCACUGUGGUAUCUAUAUUUUUAUACAGAAGAAGCUGAAGAUAUGACCUGAAGCAAAUAAUUACUGUGGUCUCUGUACAGAUCAUCUUUUUUUUUUUUUUAAGUCCAAAUCACAUAAGUCCUUUAUCAUGAAUUAGGUUUUUUAUUUCUGCAGAUCCUGAGUUGACCACUAGGGGGCAGGGCUCCCUCUGUUCUGUCAUACAAUUUGCCUUUUAUUUUUUUUAAUUUAAGAUGUUGAAACCGUUUUCUGGUCUGCUACGCGAUCAUAAUGGGAGGACGAUGUUACGUGAUUUUUCCUGUGGAGACGAAUGUCGACGGAGGAGCGGUUUGUUUUUUUUUCUGUUGGAGGAGAGAUUAUUUUGUUUUCUCUUUUUGCAAAAUCAGAAAGCUGAGAAGAGGAAACCAUCCACACACCCCCCCCUCCCCCCUCACUGCUGAUCACCCCUCCAGAGUGCACAGACACUUCUGUCCUCACAGCAUCCGCUCAGCAUAUCACCUCACCGGACCGCUCGCUGCGCCGCGUCUGGACGCAGAAGAAGAAAUCCUCUCGCCGCCUCUCGGACGUCGGGGAGAAACGCAGUCAGAGCGUGAUCGUCGGGGGAAAUCCUUACAGGAAGAGGGGUCGGCUGUUUGCUCAGCCUUACUUGUUGCCAGUCAGAAGACUUUUUUUUUUUUUUAUCAAAGGUUUGAUAUUUUGGGAAAUGUUCUUGUUUGCUUUAGAGACGAGGAGAUUGGAGCGUUAGCGGCCGGCUAACUCAUGCUAAGUCUGUCGAAAAGGUCCGACAAGCUCUUCUUGAACUCCAUUAUUAAAUCUGAUGUCUUGUUUUUUUUUUAAAUACUCUCACAAACAGAUUGGUCGUCAUGACAACAUUUAUCUGUUUUACCUGCGAGGAGAUUUAACUUUCCAGAAGGCCGGAGGGUUACCUAGCAACAAAGCACGAAGAAAUCUGCACAAAACCCUCUGGAGGAAAAGGUCAAACUGUUCGAUUUCCAGCCUUCUGUCACAGCGAUCAGUCGUCUCGGCGUCUCCUCCUCCUCCGGAAAGCGAAGACGAACAUUUCCCAAAGUGUCACCAGUUAUUCCUUUUUUAGCGCAGGAAGAUACGAGCAGAGUUUUUAGCAGUGACGCUAGCUAACCAAAGCAAGUUUAGAAACUGUGGGCGAGAGGGCGGGAGACGACAUGAGAAAAGAUACUCGAGCACGAUCAUGAAACAUUCACACGUGUUGGAUUUUGUAAAGGGCUUCAUCGUAAAGGGCGACCAAUGAGACGCGAGAGAGGGUUUCAACAUCUGUCUGUUUUGAUUUCUCACAUGGGAGAAGACCACCGUUUGCCUUUUUUAAUGUCUUUAAGUUUUAUCAUGUUUGUUUUUUUGUUUUUUACUCAUCACUAUCCAUCACUUGUUUCUUUGUUUUUUUUAAAAUUCUCUCUCUUUGCUGUACAGAGAGGCGAGUCGGGAGAAGCGAGUUGUUAAAGUGCCAUAAGACCUUGAACUGUUUGAGAAAAACAAAAACAAAGGGGGGGGGGGCGUUCACCCCGGAGCCCAAGCAAUACUCACAUAAUCACCAUCGUCCAGCAGCGUAACGGCUUCAAAGCAAUAUCCACAGCCUCAUCGGAUCACGUUUUUAAAAACAACACACACAAGCUUUUAGUAAUCCCUGGUGAUUUUACAUGAUUUUUAUAAUGUGAAAAGAAUCUUUUUUUGUAAUAAAUUAGAACAGGAGAUAUAUCACUAUAUAUGGUAGUGCUAAAAAAGACAAAAAGAUCUCUGCAUUGUGUAAAAAGUGAAUGUCUGUGUGUCACUCCCACCCCCCCCCUCCACACACACACACACACACACACACACACACUCCGAGGACGUCUUCUCUUUGUUGCUUUGAUUUCUGUAAAUCCAGACCGAUCAUCCGAGCAACAAAAAACCCCAAAACAUAAACGACAUCUCAGAGCGUUCCUGACGUUCAUCGACAAAAUGUGAGAAGACGAGAUGUUAGAAAAGAGGAGGUAGUUAAACGAACAUGUGCAAAAUCAGCAGACUGAGGGAGAAGAUCGGGCCUGCACACUUUGCUCAAAAGCCAGAGAAAGAUUUACAACAUUCAGACAAAAUGUCACCGGGAACUUUUCAUCCACUUUGUAAAUAUUUUUUCAGUGAGGACGUAUUUCCACAAAAUAAAAACGGAAAUGAUACAUUUCACACACUGAUGAAUUCAAAACCUGCACAUCUGUGACCACUAAAUUAUUGGGAUGAUAUGUCAAAGGCUUUUUAUCUUGACUCAGCGUUCCCCUUAAUGUCUCUACAGCGGAUUGUACUGUACUGAUCCCUGAUGUCACACUGAGAGGAGCCAUGGUUGUGCUCAAAAUGAAAUCUCAUAGUGAUCGAAAAUAUUGAAAAUGAAGGGCUUUACUUUACAGGUUUCAGGGUCUACAUGACUCAUAGAAACAGAAAGAGAUGAAGACUAUGGCCGGAUGUUUCCGGUUUGUUUAAUGCAUCAACAGGCUCAAACGCUUCUACUCAAUGUUUGACAACAUUAUGAUCAAACAUUGAUUGAGAGAAACUGUGAGAAGCUUUAUUUAAAUCAGAAACAGGUUUCAUGUUGCUCUCAUUAAAGGAGCAGUAUGCAACUCUGACACCUAGUGUUUAAAAUGGGUACUGCAGUCCAAAUUCAAAACUUUAUAGGGAACGAUGUAAGGACUAAAAUGUGAAAACAAAAAAAGAUUAUUCGGUUUUAUUGGAGUUCUUUCACCCUAAAAGUUGUUUGUCAUUUUAAACACUGACAUCUUGUAAAGUAGAGCCUCAUGUUUUCGAAUAUUUACAGAAAAGAUGUCCUAAAGAUGUCCCUUAAAAUUAAAACGAUGUCUGUUUCUUUUUUAAAUCAAGCUGUAGUUUUUAAAAUCGGUAAAAAGCAUUCAGCGUAAAAAAAAGAUUUAAAAUGUCACACUGAACAUUGGAGUGUUUUUCACACAUGAAUUGUUGCUUGUGUUUUUUUUUUAAUUUUGUCUGUGAUUUCUGUCCGCCUUUUAAAAAAAAAAAAAAAGUAGGGUUUAAAUGUUUCUGGGGUCGUGGUCACUUUAUUUAUACUCAUGGGGGGGCGGGCAGAGGGGGAAGGGGUCAGAGGAGGGGGGGGGGACCUGCAGUCUGACAUCGUAGACAAUCUUGGGAGAUAAAAAAACAUUUUUCCACAAUUUCUUCAUUCACGUCGGUCUGCUUCUUGCUGCGCGCCCGUACUGUUCUUAUUUAUUUAGCAUUCUUCUUCUGUGGUUUUUAGACCUUACUAAUCAAAUUGUAAAUACUCUAAAAAAAAAAAAAAAAAGGAAAAAAAAAGAAGACAUUUGAGAGAGAAAUUAAAAUAACAGCAUUAGUGACUUGCGAUUGUAAAACCAGCAAUAAAUUGCAAUGCAGAGGCGUCCGUUUAAAUGUAUAGCUAUUCUUUCUAAGGUUUCUCUGGAAACGGCCGCAUUGAGAUGACGAUGACGAUGAAGAUGAUUGAUAUGCAUUUAUUCAACAUUCCAGAUUUUGUACAUAAUUACCUGUUUCUGAAGUAACCUGUGGAAAAUAAAACUAAUGCUCUUUAA